AUGCAGGCCCAGUGCGCGGCGGGGGAGCGUCAGCGCAAGCUCUUAGGGUCUGCAGUAGACGCCUGCUCCCGCGCGAUCGCCAGUGUUUCCGAUUUGCUCAGGUCGCAGCUCGCGAAGUUCUUCGAGGCCGACCCGGACAUCUUCGACUUGGCAUCGCGCCGGAUACCUUUCGACCACCAGAAGGAGAUCGUAGAGGGUUACUUCGAAGAGGCGCUCGCCCGCGGAAGGGCCCGCGCCGAUUUCGGCGCAGACGAGGUCGCAGACGGUUCUUGGGAGAUUCACAAGGGCGACGUGCGCAACAGAUAUCACUCCGAGCGCGGCAGUCGGACCAUUCAUCUGGUGGAAAAGGUGGAGGGCGCGAAGUGCACUGAAGAGGAGUUCGCAGAGUUCUACCAGCUCUACGACGCAAAGACGGACGACGGGGAGCCGAUGCUAGACAGGGGGGGUAUCAUGCGCUGCAUAGGCAAGCGCAAGACGCGCUACGGUGAGUUCGCAGCCAAGGUCCAGGACAUGGGCGCGGCCACGCGAGCUCCAGGGCCGCGGCCGCAAAAGCUCAAGGUUGCGACGCAAGAGUUCCUCGAGGAGCAGACGGAUGAGCCGCAGAGCGUCACUCAGGACGAUGCUCGGCGCGCCGAGUUUGCCGCGCGCGCGGCGCCGCGCACAGGGCGGUUCACCUUCAAGCCAGGCGCCGACGGGGCGGUCGAGCGCGCGCUCGCGGAGGAGCAGAAGGCGCUGGCGCGGGAGAUGCUGAGUGAGAGAGCUUCGACGAUGGAGUACUUGUUCAGCCAGGGAAACGACCUGCAAAAGACGAGUGGCCUCGUCCUUGAGGAAGAGGCGGCGGACCGUGCUGGCGAACCGAGCGUCCAGUACGAGAAGAGUUGGCUGCGGUGGGCAAAGGAGCUCUCGCUGGAUAGCCCCAGCGUCGUGUGCUUCGCCUGCGGCGUCAAGGUCUCCAAGCACCACUGCAUGCGCGAGUGCCUGUCAGACCUCAUCGCGCAGACCUUGCGCGAGGGCGCCUCCGAGAUUACCCCGCACAUCUGCGAUUACUGCGUGCGGGCGGAGGAUCGUGGGGCGCGCGUCUCGCGGGGCGCCAUCGACACGGGGAACGCGCCAGAGCCGCUUCGAGGACCCAUUCGCCACGAGGAGCGAGUGCUCCAGCUGGCGGAGACGAACGUGGUCAUGGUGCACGCGCCCAAGGGCGGCACGGCGACGGCGAAGGGCGGGGCCUUCGUGGCGCCGCUGGAAGCGCCGCGCGCCUGCGAGGUGCUCGGCGGCGCCAGCAUGGAGAUCACCGACGGCGUGCUCUGGCUCCGGCCGCGGGGCGCCCCGCCCGGCUGGGCAGUCCCCGCGCGCGCUCAGAAGCUCCUCGACGCGCUGAAGUGGCUCGCGAGGAGUAACGCAUACUAUCGCGACAUCUUCGUGCUGGGCCAGGCAACGGCAGACAUCGAGGCCCUCGCGACGAAGCUCGCUGAGAAGCUUGCUGACGAUCGCCCAGCGAUCGACCCGGAGGCCGAGGCGGCGGCGCAGGGCGCUUUCGAGGGAGACGCAACGUACUCCACCGCGGGCGGGCCCGCCAAGGUCGGCGCCGUUGUGGGGGACCUCCAGAAGAACCGGGAGUCGGCGGAGAUUCGCCCGUUGACGGAGGCGCUGGCGUUCCCGACGCUGUUCCCAGGAGGCGAGGGCUCCUGCCCCGAAGAGCUCUGCUUCAGCAGCUACGCGUGGCGCCGCCUGCUGGACUGCAAGACCAAGUUCCAGGAUAAUCCGGAUUACACCUUCUGCCAGCUCGAGACGUGGUUCCGGAAGAGCUUGCGCAGCGCGACGUCCGUGUUCGCGGGGAAGCGCGAGGUGCCCGGUCGGGAAGCGGCGGAGCGCAGAGCAUACGCCGUGCAAGGUAAAGUGCCCGGCACAACGGCGUUCCUGGGCCAGAAGCGCACCCGCUGCGUCCAGGUGAUGCGCCAGCUCGGGCGCCCUGAUUUCUUCCUCGCGCUCACGAGCCACAAGCGCCAGCCGCACAUGCUCGCAGCGUGCGUAAAAGCGCAGCUCUACAACGACAGCCCCGGCCUGCCGCUUGAUCGCGUGGAGAAGACUGUCGCCGCGCAGGUGCUGGCGUACACGAACGACCCAGAACGCAAGUGGGAUGGCAGCCCGCAGUGCGACGAGAAGAUCAAGGGCACGAAUGACGGGGCCGCGGCGUGCGAGAGCGAGCGGCUCGGAGACCAGGCGGCGGACGGUGGCGAAGCGCCCGCGGGCGCCGAGGAUAUCGGAUACAUGGAUCUGCUCCAGGGCGACGUCAAGCGGGAUUGCUGGGGCGGCAACCUGGACGAAGUCGCGCAGCCGCGCCCGGACGCGGCCCCGCCCGUGGCCGGUGACUCCAUCUGGCGCGUGAGCAUAGAGCAGUUGGAUCAGCUCCUCUCCGGGAAGGCCAGCGCGGUCGUGAGGCCGCGCGGGCUGAAGGACGCAGGGCGCAAGUGGUUGGCGUGCACUGCAGACGCGGGCGCCCAGAUCGUCGCGGUGGCGCGCGUGGCAGGCGCCCGGCAGGUCAUGUCGCAGGACGAGUGGCGCCAGAAGAGUAAGGAGCACGGAAUGAGCCGGCGGACGUGCUUCUACAGGAAGACGUUCCUCGUGCACGUGCGCAUGGUGCAGCAGCUGGCAGAGGCGGUGCCGUGCGCCGACCCUGGUGCGCGCGCCUGCGGUGACCAUGUAUUUCGCCCCACGGACGCAGGGCCGCCGACGGACAGGGUCCUCCUGUUGCCCCCGCCGCGCCGAUACUUUCCCGACUGCGUGAAGGUCAACUGCAUCUGGGACAUCGACGCGGCGCAGAUGGACGUCUUGGCGUCUGGCUCCUCCACCGUCGUCGCGCGCCCCGUCGGCGUCGUCGGCGAGGAGCGGAAGUGGCUGGCGCGUGCCGCAGAUUCCGGCGCCCAGAUCGCGGGCUGGACAUCCGCCUCGGUAAGCCGAGAGGCGCCGUCCGAGGAGGAGUGGGCCGCCGCCCGAGAGACUUCCGGCCUCGUCGAGGACGCCCUCCCCUUCGCGCCGACGUUCCUCGUGGAGCUGCGAGCUCUGCAGCUGUUCGCCAAGCCCGUCGACUACGCGCCGCCGCGCGCGGGCUCUGCAGUCGGCGGAGCCCCGCCGCCGCCGCAGCCGCACCCAGAACCUCGCGUCGGCGGCGAGGCGGCAGAGCGCGGCGGCGAAGAGGCAGAGGGCGAGCCGCCUGCAGCCCCAAAGCGCCCCGCGGCAGAUUGGCUUGACGGGGCGGCCUCAGAGACGGACGACGAGCUCCUGGGCCCGUCGAAGGCGGACAACGUCGCCUGUAUCUACGACGUCUAUGCGCGGACGACGGGGCCGAAGAGGUGGCGCGGAGUCUAUCGUGACGGUGUGAUGACGCUGCUCACGAAGUCGCUGAUGCACAAGCACGGACCAUACUUUAUGCACUCGCUCGGACGCUGCCGCUUCGGGUUCCCGCAGCAGCCGGCGGAGAAGAGUCGAAAGAAGAGUCAGCGAGAGCUUUGGAACAACGGCUCCAAGAACGAGUACUUCGUACGGCGCCGCAGCGGCGCCACGAUGAUGGGCCUGUACAACCCCCGGAUAUUGCGCCGGUGGCGCGGUUCCAUGGACCUCCAGGUCGCCGGGAGCUCGCACGCGGUGGCUCGGUACAUCCUGGGCUACUGCUUGAAGAACGACACCGCGAAGGACGCCGCGGGCAAGCUCAACCAGGACAUCGCGAGGGUGCCGGCCACCGGGCCUGUGACGAGCAAGCAAGUGAACCGCCUCGCUUACAUCGGCGCUCAGGGCCGCGUGACCUCCACGUUCGAAGCGUGCCACCACCUCCUCGGACUUCCCGUGGUGCGCAUCUCGCGGGAGUUCCAGUGGGUCCAUGCCGGCAUGCCCGAGUCUUACUCGGCCUACGUGCCGCGGCACCUCUGGCGCCAGACCAUCGCGAACCCGGAGGACGCGCCCGAGCCCACGGCGCCCGCAGUGAUCCGCCGUUAUGCGGAGUGGCGCGCGGGGAAGGUCGCCGUCUUCGACGACACUGGGGAGCAGUUUCCGCUUCUCGUGGAAGGCGGGGCCGCCAAGAACUACGAGUGGGUGAGCCCUCGCGAAGUGACGCUGUUCGAUUUCGUGGCGUCCUACUCGACGUCGUACAUUUCGGACCCCAAGCUGAGAGCGCAGCCAGCAAUCGCGUCCACGAAGGCGUUCGACCCCGAGCGCGAGACGGAGACGUACUAUUACUCCAAGCUCCUCCUGCACUACCCGUGGGCCGAUUUCGACGAGGACGACGGGCCGGAGUGGCUGGGGCCCUCGGACGACGGCAGUCACCAGAGUGCUUUCGUCCGCCUGUCGAAGGCCAGCAAUCAAGGAGAGCACGGCGACGAAGCGGAGGCGCCGCCAGAGGACGCCCAGGCGCGCGAGGAAGAGGCGGAGCUCCCUGCGCCCGACUUCUUCCUGAAGUCCACGGUCUUCCCGAAUCUGGGCAUCGCGGAGGCCGCGUGGCGGGGGCUGAAGCGGCUCAGUUGCGCCCUCGUCAUGCGGUCCGCCAUGCAGACGCCAGGGGCAGCGGAGGACUGGGAGAACCGCCGGGAACUGCUGCGCCGCCUCCGCCUUGCCGCUGGCCGCCCCGACGAGGAGGCCGACGACCCGGACCAGGGCGAAGAUCUGGAGGAGCUGGCGGGCGCCGCGCCGCACGCCAUUAGCGCCUUUGGACCAGUGGCCCGCGGCGACGAGGCCGUGCAGUUGCUCUUCGGCCCCGACGCGCAGAAGUCCAAGCAGCAAGACAUCGUCUAUUGGUUCCUGGAGCAGGUGCGCCAGGGCAAUCGCGCCCCCGCGCGCGUCCUUCUCCACGGUCCCGGCGGAUGCGGGAAGUCCGUGGUCGUCCGCGCCGUCGCACGCCUCUUGCGGACGGAGGGGCACGGCGUCGCGCUCGCGGCGCCAACGGGGUGCGCUGCCUUCCUGAUCAACGGCUGCACCCUGCACUCCUGCUUCCACUUGCCAGUUGAGAACAAGUCCUUCGCCACGCCUCGAUCUACAAGCGCCAACCGGGAGUGCCAUUCGGCGGCCUUCCUGCUCCUCUGUGGGGACCUCUACCAGCUUCCUCCCCCGAAGGGCCAGCCCGUGUACGCGGCUGUCCAGCUGUGGAAGAUGUCCCUGGUCUGUGAGCUCGAGGGGAACCACCGAGCGGCGUGGGACCCCGCUUGCGCCGCUCUGCUGGAGAGAGUCCGGAAAGGCCUGCACACAGAGGCCGACCUCGCGACGCUUCGGACCAGACUGCGCAAGCCACCCGCGGACAGCCGCGCGCCGCACCUACUGGCGACCCGGAAGGCUGUCCGGCAGGUGAACGAGGAGAUGCUCGAGCGACACGCGGAGACGCACGGCUUCGAGGUGCGCGCCGCGCCCGCGCAGGACACGUCGCACCGCACGGGGCCCCCGGUGGAGGUCGACACGGGCUACGACAAUCCCGAGGACACCGGCGGCCUCGAGUCGGACGCGCGGUUCGCCAUCGGGGCCGAGGUCGUGCUCCGUCGGAAUUUAGAUAUCAGCGACGGACGCGUCAACGGCGCCCGCGGCAUGGUGACGGACAUCAAGCUCGCGCGGGACUCUGGCGAGGUGCUGAAGGUGCGCGCGGAGUUCGAGCGCGGCGGGCAGGCGGCCCGCGAGGAGGAAAGCGACGCAGAUCUGCCGGGCGCGCUCAUCAGCCCCGUGCAGGGGGCUUUCCAGAACGAGGACGGCGAGCGAAUCCUUCGCCGGCAGCCCCCCCUGGUGCUCUGCUGGGGCCUCACGAUCCACAAGGCGCAGGGCGGCACGGAGACGAAGGGCAUCGCCUUGAGCCUCGACGAGACAGUUCGCCAGCAGUGCCAAGCUUACGUGGGCCUGUCGCGGGUCGAGUGCCUGGCCGACCUCUACCUCGCCGCGUUCGACGAGCGCGCCAUCGCCCCCGCGGUUGGCGUCGACCACGCGCUGCUGCAGCUCCGCCUGCAGCAGGGCUACGAGGUGGAGCGGGCCAACGGGCCGAACAAGAACUGGAGAGCGUGCUUCGCGCCAGCGCAGACGGCGCAGGAGCUCGAGGAUGCGAUCGCGAGCGCGCCACCAGGGGCGUUCGCCGAGCGGCAGGCGGAGUUGCUGGAGGCGCGCGCCGCAGAGGAGCGCGGGGACAAGGGCGCGUUCACGCGCGAGCACUUCGGCGAGGAAUGCGGGACGAAGCGCGCGCUCGCCACCCGCAAGAGGGAGACCUGCACAGUGGCGAGGAUGAUCCGCGUGCGGAAGCGCCCGGCGGGCGGCCGCUGGGCAGACGCCCCGGGCUGCCGCCCAGCGAACCUCUACGGAGACGGAUGCUGGGGAGCUUCUGCCGCGCCGGCCGCGCCCGCGGUGCCGCCGCGCCGGAGGGCCAGGCUUGCAGCUUUGCAGCAGGCGCCGGCCGGCGCCGCGGAGAUCGAGGCCGAGUGGCGCACUUCUGCUGCCCCCGACGCAGAGACGCCGCCCUCGCCGCCGCCGCCGCCCAAGCGGCCCCGUCUCACGAGCCUGGCGCCGGCCGCGAGCGGCGCGGAGGCCGCGGCGGCCCCGCGAUCAGCCCCUGCCGCCGCAGCGCCCCCGCGCGCGCCGCCGGCGCUGAAGAGGCCGCGGCUCGCUGACCUCGCGCAGGCCGCGGGUUCCGGCGCCGAUGGCGGCGCGCGCGCCAACGCGCCCGCCGCGGCCAGUGGCCGCCUCGCCAGCCGAAGCGUCGCUAGCCAGGCGAUGGGAUCGGCGACGGGGGCCGCGACUGGCUCGGGGCGCGCCGCCUCGAGCGGCCCGGGCGGAGCGCUCGGGCGUCGGCGCCCCUGCGGUUUCCGCAGCGUGGGGAACUCGUGCUACAUGAAUUCCCUGUUGCAGGCCCUCUUCCCGCUGGCCCCAGCGCAGCGGAUGAUUGCCGCGACGCUGGGCGCUCUGGGCGACGAGCCUGAGGAGGGCCUGUUCGACUUGCUGCGACAGGGGAACAAGCUGGUGGGAACGGCCAUAGCAGCCUGGCGCGCCCGCGGGGCGCUCGAGCCCGAGCUCUUCCUGGACUGGCACAACGGCGAGCAGGAGGACGCGCAGGAGUUCCUGCAGCUGAACCUGUUGCAGAAUGAUGGCCCGGAGCUCGCGGACCUGUGCCGCGGGAUCGAUUGGCCGCGGUUGUCGCGCCCUGCCUGCCCUGCUUCUCGAGACGCUACAGGCGCCGAGCCCUUCACGAUUCUCUCCUUGCCGCUUGUGGCCGCGGACGGCCGCCGAGCCUUUGCGUCCGUGCGCACUGCGCUGGCGGACUACAUCGAGGCUCCGUACCUGGUGGAGGUGGACGACUGGCAGUGCCCGUGCGCGGGUUUCGUCGCGCACCGUGCCAGCGUGCUCAAGACGCACCGCAUCACUUGCGUCCAGGAGAUCCUGCUGCUUCACCUGGUGCGCUGGGACAGCUUCGGCCGCGCGGUGCCGCACCCGGUGGCAGCCGACGCCGUCCUCGAGGUGCGCGGCCCGGACAGCGUCGGGAUCUUCUCGUUGAAGGCUGUGGUCGUGCACAGGGGCGCCACCACCCGCAAGGGCCACUACUGCGCCUUCGCGAAGUACGACGGCACCUGGUGGCUCUACGACGACGACGCCUCCCGCGUCGCCACCGAAGCUGAGAUCGCCUUCUUCGGCAGCGGGCAGGGCGCCGCGGCGCUGACGAAGGUCCACCUCGCUUGCUACGAGCGGCUCGACAGCGCGGCGCCCUUGCCCGCGCAGGGCCGCCUCGUCGUGGAGGCGUCGGACGCGGCGCUCUGA